UGGAAGACCGUUUCGUUCAAAAUUGGCUAAAAACCUGCGAAGAUUCGUAUAUGCAGAGGGCUCAAAACUUUCAGUUGGAGCUGGAGAAGCAGCAGCAGCGCCAGGACACCAAGGAGGGGAAGCAGGAAGAAGAGCAGAAGAAGCUUCAGGAGGAGUUUCAGAGACGCCGUCAGCAGGAGAAGGCUCACAACGAGAUUAUGGUUCGCCAUCAGGAGCUGAAAGAGCUGGAGAAGCGUUUGGAAAGGGACACCGAGAAGCAGGAGCAGCUAGAGAGCCAAUGGCAGGCGAUGGUUGCUCAAUAUCAGGAUAAGAAAUUGAUGGAGGCAGCCUGUGCUCGCCGCAAGUUGGAAAUUAAGCAGCGCCUGGAGCAGAUCGAGGCUUGUCGCAAGGAGCGCGAUCUGCUCCAGUCACGGCUUAGCAAUGAGGCGGCCAAGGCCGCCCGGCGAGUGGGGCAGGAGGCCACUCGGUAUUACGAGGAUCAGCAAUAUGAUUUUCUAUGCGGUCCCAAGAAUGUGGAAGGCCAAGGUGAUCCCUUCAAGAUUUCCACUGCAGCGAGGAUUCCUCAAGCCCCCUUGCCAUCGGAGCUACCACAGCCAAUGGCCGCCAUGUUCAGCUCCCCGGGAAACGGAAAUGGAAAGGAAGCUGAAACUGAUUCUGGGAACGGCAGCAAGUACCCCGAGGAGACUGGUGGCGAAGCCUCGUCUUCAUCUUCUAGCCAAAUUGGCGAAUGGCUGAAAACCUGCCGGGAAUCGUACCAAUCGAGCAAAUGGGAAUUGCCUAGCCAGGAGCAGGACCUAGCAUCUAAGAAACGCAAGCAGCAGGACGUAGCUGGAGACCAGAAGAAGCCCAAAAAGGAACCAGAGAUGCGCCGUCAGCAGGAUAUGGUACGAAAGGAGCUACUGGAACGCAUUCAGGAAGUGAAGGAGCUGCAGGAGCGUCUGGAAAAUGAAAUGAAGCAGCAGCAGGAGUGCAUGGAUAGCUCGCAGCGCGAGGAAAUGGAGGAGUACAAGGCUCGCCGCCAGUUGGGUCAGCAGCGUAGGGCGGAGCAGAUCGAGGCCUGUCGCCAAGAGCGCGAGCUCCUCCAGGCUCGGCUGCGCAAUGAGCGUGCUAAGACUGCCCAGCGGGUGGGCCGGGAGACGCGUCGCUAUUACGAGCAGCAGCAAUCGGAUAUUCGCUAUGGCUCCAAGGACUUUAACCUAGGUGGAUGCACCACCAAUUAUGUGACCAGCACGGAUCUGUCCAAAAUGCCCACUGUGCCGACUGUUCCACGUGCCCCAUUGCCAUCGGAACUGCCACAGCCAAUGGCCGCCAUGUUGAAGGGAAAUGGUAAAGCUUCGGCAGGAAAGGGAAACGGAAAUGAAGAUGGUGAGAAGUAUCCCGAGGAGACUUAUGGCGGAGAGGAGGAUUAAACAAAC